AAAGCGCGAGAGGAACAUAAACGGUUGUUUAAAGGAGGGCCUUUCAAGUUAAAUCUACAUCCCCAGGAGUAUUUUGACAUGAAUCCCUAUUUUAAUGACAAACCUUUGCCACCCGUGAAGAAACCACCUCCAAAGAAGCCAAUUGCACCAGCUUUCAAACCCAGUUCUCCUGCUAAAAAGUCAGGGGGCAUGAAAGGAGGCACAUUUGAUCCUUACCCAAGCCAUUCUGCUGACCCUUAUGUAACUGAAAAAUCUAAGGCUGUUACAACUAAUAAAGAACAACAGAUUUUCCAUCCUCCUCCUGGACCAAAAAGCAGACCUAUUACAAGCAUAAUAGCUUUAAAUGUCACAAGAUCAUUAAAUGUAAAGAACUACAAGACUGCACAGCUGACAUCUUCUUAG